AUGGAUUUCGAAAAUCCCGCAGCACUGCAACGGGCCGCACAAGAUGGAAACGAAGAGCUUCUAUGGCUUCUGUUAACAAGAAGUGAUAUCAAAACAGACAGAAAGGAUACUUCAGGUCGAACGGCGCUUUUCCUGGCAGCUCAGCACGGACAUAAGCGUUGUGUUCAGAUGCUUCUUCAGAGAGGGGCUUUAAUCGAUGGAGAUGAUCAUGACGGCCAAACACCCUUAUCAUGGGUGACAGCAAGUCAAAAUCAUGGUACUGUCAAAAUCCUGCUAGAGAAAGGCGCUACAAUCAAGAAUGAUGGAAAGUUCAGCCAGAUGCUGUUAUUGUGGGCCGCUGAAAAUGGGUACGAGGCAAUCAUCGAGCAAAUGAUUAGCCGGGGUGUCACUGUUGAUGAGAAGGGCUUUCAGCUCUUGCUGCUUGAUAAAAGUGCUCUUUUUGAGGCGGAAGACGAGGUUCUACGGACACCAUUGCAUCGUGCUGCUAUAAAUGGACACCGGAGAAUCGCGACGUUUCUAGUUGAUAAAGGGGCAGAGCUUCAGGCGAGAGAUAAAGAUCUUUUGACACCUCUGCAUUUGGCCGCUCGAUGGGGACAAGAGGAGAUGGCGAGGCUGUUUAUUGAGAAGGGCGCUGAUUUGGAAGCAAGGGAUAACAACCUUUGCACAACGUUGCAUGUCGCUGUUGAGCAGGGGCAAGAGAGGAAUGUCGAGUUGCUACUUGAGAAGGGCGCACAAGUCGAUGCGAAAGAUCAAGAUGGUCAAACGCCACUGUCUCAGAACGCGAAGAUGUCUCAUCCAGAAAUUACCCGACUCUUCUUUGCGAAGUAUCCCGAACUCGAAAUUGAAAAUGAAAACCAUCGCCCACUCCUGCAAAAGGCCUCUGAGAGAGGAGAUAAAUUUCUGGCCAAGCUACGAAUGCCGAAGAGCGGAUGA